AUGGAGAACUACCACAGUCCCCAUGUUAACGAUUUCAACAGCUCCGACUUUCUGCUGGAUCCAUGCACUUACUCGUAUCUCAUUUCAACAUAUCAGCGGUAUCAAGAGGACCCGGUGAGCUAUGAAGAUCGACACCGAUUACCACGUGGCAAGGCCUGUGGUUUCGAAGAGGACAUUCGUGUACCUCUGAUCGUUCGAGGCCCAGGAGUCCCUGCAGGCAAAUAA